AUGUUAAGAGGAGAGGGAGAAACGGAGAAGGAGAGGAAAGGGAUGAGUGAGCAGGCCGUCGCUGCUGAGUUCGCCGCCGCCGUUGUGUUGCUGUGCCGUCAAAAAGCCAGAUCUGCAAUAGAAAGAACUGCGAAGAGAGAGAGAGACCGCAUCAGCUCACCGCGAAGCCAGCGCCGUCGUCGUCCUCAUCGCAGCUCUGCACCGUCGCGUCUUGCCACCGCCGCCACCACUGAGCUUGCCGUCGUCGCCACUAAAGCCGAAGAGAGAGAGGGGAGAAGGAGGAGGUCCGUUCUCGCACCGUCCUGCUCUGCCGCUGCGGCUGCCGUCGAUUGGGGUCAAGGCCGUCGCCGUCGCACCCUGUUCCAGUCACCAUUAGGGUUUUUUGCUGCUGCCAUUGAUAGCGCCGCCGCUGGGAGGAGCCGAAAGGGGAGAGGAGGUCGCCGUCAAACACGCCGCCACCAGUUACAACCGUCGCCGAAACUGGGACAGAUUCACCGGUACAGGGAAAACUUCUUGUGCUCGUGUUAUUGCCAAUCAAGCACUGCAGCUUAUUUGAAAAUAUCUUCACUUGCAAAUGAACUUCCUAAUGAACUUCCUAAUGGUGCUAUUAUAUUUCUGGAUGAGAUUGAUUCUUUUGCUGCUCCUCGGGAUAAUGAAAUGCAUGAAGCUACAAGGAGAAUAUUGUCAAUAGAUGGCUUUGAGCAGGAUAAGAAAGUGGUCGUGAUUGCUGCUACCAAUAGAAAGGAAGACCUUGAUCCUGCAUUAAUCAGCCGGUUUGAUACUAUGAUCCCUUUUGGCUUACCUGAUCACAGUAGUCGUCAGCAAAUAGCAUCCAAAUAUGCAAAGCACCUAACCAAACCUGAACUAGAUGAACCUGCCAGAGUUAUAGAAGAGUAA